UCCGCCGCAGGUACGCGUCCGCUCACUCAGUUGUCCGCCGGCCGCCGAGCAGUAGCGAGCCCGUCACGUCCGCUGCUGGUAUCGCCGACACAGUGGGGAACGGCCUGCGCGCUGGAGAAACGUAACAGUCUCAGGAGCGGCCACGCGAUGCGCCCGUCGACGCUGUUCUCGUCGUGCGUGCUGGUGGCGUUCGUGUACCUGCUGGUGUGGGCCGUCGAGGAGGCGAUGGGCGCCGGCGUCGCGGCCGCAGCGGAGAGCACGGGCCGUAUCGCCUUCCACGGCGACGCCGCACCGGACCUGCUGGUGUCCGCCCCCGACACCGCAGACGACGCCUCCCCCUCCGCCCCCGCCGCGGACGUCGACCUCACCGCCCCCGAGCACGUGCGCGCCGCCUACCGCCAGCACUACGACGGCGACUACACUCUCGACUUCGGCUACCACAACUACGACCGCAUGACCAAAUUCCUGCGGAUGACCUCCGUCAAGUUCCCGACGCUCACCGCUCUUUACUCUAUCGGGAAGUCUGUGCAAAACCGCGACCUGUGGGUGAUGGUGGUAUCUUCGUCGCCGUACGAGCACAUGAUUGGAAAACCGGACGUGAAGUACGUGGCCAACAUGCACGGUAACGAGGCCGUGGGUCGCGAACUCAUGCUGCACCUCAUCCAUUAUCUGGUUACGAGCUACCACACAGACCCAUACAUCAAGUGGUUGCUGGACAACACACGCAUCCAUAUCCUGCCAUCGAUGAACCCUGACGGCUUUGAGGUGGCUCGUGAAGGCCAAUGUGACGGCGGCCAGGGGAGGUACAAUGCACGAGGCUUUGAUUUAAACCGCAACUUCCCAGAUUAUUUCAAGCAGAAUAAUAAACGAGGGCAGCCGGAAACAGAUGCAGUGAAAGAGUGGAUCUCUAAGAUUCAGUUUGUGCUAUCAGGAGGUCUACAUGGAGGGGCACUUGUAGCAAGCUAUCCAUUUGACAAUACACCAAAUUCGAUCCGCAGCAGUAUCAAAAAUGCUGGAAUGGGACUUGCUGCUGUUACUGGCAAUCAGUAUCUUGCUUCUGUGUUUCAAAGCUAUGCAUCAACACCAUCAUUAACACCAGAUGAUGAUGUAUUCCGGCAUUUGGCUCUUACUUACUCUGAGAACCACCCUGUAAUGCGGUUAGGUGGUGCCUGCAAACCUGGUGCACCUUCGUUCAGUCGUGGUAUCACUAAUGGUGCAGCAUGGUAUCCACUAACAGGUGGUAUGCAGGACUUCAACUAUGUAUGGUAUGGUUGCAUGGAAAUAACUCUGGAAUUAUCUUGCUGCAAGUACCCAAGAGCCUCUGAGUUGCCUCGUUACUGGGAAGAAAAUAGAAUGUCACUCGUUAAAUUUCUUGCUGAAGCUCACAGAGGCAUUCAUGGAUUUGUUAUGGAUGAGAAUGGCAAUCCAAUUGAGAAAGCAUCUUUAAAAAUAAAAUCUCGAGAUGUUGGUUUCCAAACAACAAAGUAUGGUGAAUUCUGGAGAAUAUUGCUUCCUGGAGUAUAUAAAUUAGAAGUUUAUGCUGAUGGUUACAUCCCUCGUGAGCUAGAAUUCACAGUUGUGGAACAGCAUCCAACACUUCUCAAUGUUACAUUGCAUCCUGCAAAGCGCCAAGACAACUUCUACAGGCCAACACACCAUUCUGGAGGACCCUACUUUCACCGCCCAAGUAGUGGGCCUAUCAGUAAACCCCUUGGAAGCAAUGGUGGUGGCUUCCUUUCCAGCAUAAGCUCUGGUUUCAACAACCUUGUCAGUAAUUUCUUUGGCUGAGUUGAGGGCUCAAAGUUCACACUGACUAUAAGUGUUUCCACAUCAUACUUGACAAUACCAAAAGAACAAGUGACAAGAUUUUGCUACAAGUUUUGUACAUCCCACCUUCAUAGUUCUGUGUAUGACAAAAGUACAAGUGAUAUGUAUACUUACAUGAAGUGUGUUUCUACAGAUUACUAAAUCCAGAGAAAACUGGUGCCCUAUUUAUGAACUAAGUCUGGAAAUAUUUUCAAAAUUUAUUAUUGUGAAUGUAAGUCCUAGUCUUAUUCUCUCUCCUCAAAGAAUAUUGUAAAUAAUUCAUUUGCUCUUCUGGACACAGAAGCAGUAUUUUUUUGGGACAGAUGUGCAUCACAUGGUGUACUGAGCAAACAGUUUGUUCAGAACCUGGACAAUUCAGCUUCCUACUUCUAUGUACUGAUUUCUUUCUGGAAAAACAUGUUUGUAUUAUAUUUUUUAUGUAUUAUUGUAUUUAUGAACCCCAAUUAAAAAUAAUAAUUCCAGUUA